CUGGCUGCAGCCCGUGCGCCCGCCCCGCUCCCCUCUUCCCUCCCUCCCGUCUCUGCCCAGCCACUUCUUGCACAGCCUCGCGCCCCGAGGGACCAUGUCGAGGAUCAGCUGGGGGUACGGGGAGCACAACGGUCCUAUUCAUUGGAAUCAAUUCUUCCCCAUUGCUGAUGGAGAUCAGCAAUCCCCUAUUGAAAUUAAAACCAAAGAAGUGAAAUAUGACUCUUCCCUCCGACCUCUUAUUAUCAAGUAUGACCCAAGCUCAGCUAAAAUCAUCAGUAAUAGUGGUCAUUCCUUCAAUGUUGACUUUGAUGACACCGAAGACAAAUCAGUUCUGCGUGGGGGCCCUCUCACUGGAAACUACAGGUUACGACAGUUUCAUCUUCACUGGGGUUCUGCUGAUGAUCAUGGCUCUGAGCACGUGGUGGAUGGAGUGAGAUAUGCUGCAGAGCUCCAUGUGGUUCAUUGGAACUCAGACAAGUACCCCAGUUUUGUUGAAGCAGCUCAUGAGCCAGAUGGACUAGCUGUUUUGGGAGUAUUUUUGCAGGUUGGUGAAUAUAAUUCCCAACUGCAAAAGAUUAUUGACAUUUUGGAUUCCAUUAAAGAAAAGGGAAAACAAACUCGAUUCACAAAUUUUGACCCAUUAUCUCUGCUUCCGCCAUCCUGGGACUACUGGACGUACCCUGGUUCUCUGACAGUUCCACCCCUUCUUGAGAGUGUCACGUGGAUUGUUUUAAAACAACCUAUAAAUAUCAGCUCUCAACAGCUGGCCAAAUUCCGCAGUCUUCUGUGUUCAGCCGAGGGUGAAUCAGCAGCUUUUUUGUUGAGCAAUCACCGUCCACCACAGCCUCUGAAGGGUCGCAAAGUGAGAGCUUCCUUUCAUUAAAUGUUGCCCCCAGUGGACCACCCGGACUGUGAAGAGCCCCUGAACAAAACAAAACAAAUCAAAACACAAAAAUCCCUACCAACAGUUCCUAGAAUUCUAAUUAUUGGGCGUUAUUUUACUAUCAGCUUUAGCACCACAAAGAGAACCAGAUUUCUUUAAUUAAACUACUUGAAAUCAUGUUUCUUAGAUUUGCAUUUACAGAUAUUCAAGCAGUAAACAUUGUUUGGCAUAUAUUGAAACUCAUGCAAUACGUCUGCUUCAACCUGCCUGGAAACGGGGCCUACAUUGUCAACAUCAGAAUGUGUUCAAGUUUUCACCUUAGAUGCUGACAUAGUCACACCUCUCCGUGCUGUUAAGUAAAAAGCAAAUAUUCAUUCUCCAAGUGAAAUAAUUGUGAUAUAUUUUUCUAAACAAGUCAGUCUACAUAAAAAAAGAUAAUAUUUCCUUUUGAAGUGAACUUCUGCCAAGAUUAUGUUGCUGAUUCUGAUUGCAUGGUAUCUCUCAUAAAGUGAGUAAUAUGAGAGUUAUGAGGGAUGAGAUAUAGUUACUUCUUGUGUUUAUUCCACAAAUCAUUGAUCCAUGAAGUUUUGAUAAGGAAUUCCUCAGGACAGAAACGAUUAUUUACACUAUAAUGAAUUAAGUCAUAUAUCAUAUUUACUUUGUAUUGUCAGUUGGCUAACAAUUGACAGGAUGCAGUCCUUGCCAAUUUAUAGCAUAAACACGAUUUGAAACUAACAGCUUAGCCAGUGUUAGUGCAGGCAGACCUGCCUGCGGGCAUAAAGAAUGAAUUGCCUACUUUUGUCCUGUGUUUUGGCAACAGAGCAAUCUUGUGUGGGCAAUUUUUCUGUCAACUGGUGGAAAAAACUCAAUUGAGUCUAUAUAAAAAUACAAUCAUUCUCCUGUCUCUCCCUCUCUCUGUCACUCUGACUUUCAAAAAAUAAAAAAAUAAAAUAAAAUGAAUGUUUUUUAAAAAUACAGUCAGUCUAUAAAUCCUUCAAUCCAUUUCCUUGGCACACCCUUUUCUCCUUUUGUACAUGUUCCUCAAUGUCUUAAGCAGUUUUGUAAGGGGUAUUAAUCUAUUACCUUUUCUUUAUUUGUCUUUCUGUUUUUUUGUUUUUGUUUUUUUUGACAGACAGAGUGGAUAGUGAGAGAGAGAGACAGAGAGAAAGGUCUUCCUUUUUGCCGUUGGUUCACCCUCCAAUGGCUGCUGCGGCUGGCGCAUUGUGCUGAUCCGAAGCCAGGUGCUUCUCCUGGUCUCCCAUGGAGUGCAGGACCCAAGGACUUGGGCCAUCCUCCACUGCCUUCCCUGGCCAUAGUGGAGAGCUGGCCUGGAAGAGGGGCAACCGGGAUAGAAUCCGGCACCCCAACCGGGACUAGAACCCGGCACCGGCCUAUCUUUCUCUUUUGAGUGAAGGAGGAUGAGGGUGGUUUUCCUUUUGCCCUUUCUGGUACAAAUGGAGUAGCACUAAGCAUUAACUUCAUUACCACAUUUGAGACUGGAACAUGUGUAAUACUUACGUCAUCCACCUGUGUUUCCUUGAUUGUGAUGAUUUGUUUCAGAUAUUUUCUUCCUUUGGAUGUCAGUGUUAACAAUUCAGGUUUUCUCUGCGGCAAAAAAUAACAUACAUGAAGGAUCUCUGUGAGUGAGACCCCAUUGGAAAGGAGGGGCUAUCAGAGAAGGAUGUACUUUUCUCUGAAGGGAGGAGAGAACUUCCACUUUGCAUAUGAUGCUAUCUAAAUAACUACGGAGUUCGUAGACUCAAAAGGUUUCCAUAGCCUUAGCAGCUCAUGUCAAGAGCCUCAGGUGGUCACUGAUGUCAAAAAUAAGAGUCAUUAAUUGUUAAGUCAACAACAAGAGUCAUUGUGCACUUAAUCUCCAUGUUGGACCUCUGUCCUUAGUGAGGUGUACUAUGAGAAUUAACGGUAAAACCAGUAUUCAAACAGUACUUUAUAUUUUGUGUGUUUGUGUGGGUGCAAACAAUGGAAAUCUCUACUUAGUAUAGAGUUGGUCUUCUAUAUACAAAGUGAAUUAAAAACGAAUCUUAAUGAAAAAUGAAAUGGGAGAGGGAGUAGGAG